AUGGUCAACGAAAUGAAAAAMCCCGCGGUCGUCGGCMCCUGCCACUGCGGCAAAAUCAAAUACCAAAGCAGCAACGCCGCUUACCAAAUGACGUUCUGCUACUGCACAACCUGUCGUUCCCUCCACGGCGCACCAUUCGCUCCUUUUGUGAAUGUCAGGCGUGAGGAAUUACAAUGGUUUAGACGAUCCCCAUCGUCAACAAAAGAAGGGGACGACGAGUGGAGGAAACUCGGCCACUGGGAUGAAUCACCGGCAUUACAAAAGUUGCAACUCAGCAAGGUAGCAACAAGAACGUUCUGCGGAUCGUGUCAUUCACCUCUGACAAUGGUUUAUAACGCUGUGCCUGAUGAGGUGGGAUUGGUUGCCACGACGAUCGAUGAGAAAUUGUCAACGGCGCCUGUGCCGAAGGUUGAGCAGCAUAUUUAUGUAAAGCAGAAGCCGGGGUGGUAUGAUAUUCCUGUUCAAGAGGGGGUGAAGGUGUAUGAUGGACCUACAGAUUCAUUGAGGAAGUGGCUUGAAGAUGCUGAGAAGUAG